CGGAACGUUCCCGGCGAGGCUGACCAACAGAACUCGCUCGCCUCGCGCCUCCCAAAGUUCCCUCUCGGUAAAGAAACAAUUCCGACGCUUCUUCCGAAACCGGGCGUGCCGCAGCUCGGGCCAAACUGCUCAUUUGCGGACGCAAUCAAGAUCCUAAAGACACUGAAGCACGAGGAACUCAUCUACGAGGCCGAGCCCCACCGACUCUACUUUAUCGCGUGUUUCUGUGCCGCCUUUGUGUUUGCGGUGUACGGUCUCACCUUUGUGGAAAACACCGGCACAAACGCCGUGAAGUUGUACCGUGAGAACCCCGAAUGCCUUCCUGAGGAUGAAAACAAGAUGAUGCUUGCGGGGCGCCUCGGAGUAACCCUCGCGAUGUUCUCGGUCCCGGCCUGCGCGGUGCUCUUCUUUGUGAAGUUCCCACUGAGAUUGGUCAGACGCAUCUACUACUUGCCCGGACCGGUUGAGCACGUCAAAAUUAUCUCUCACCCGAUGAUUCCUGGUAGACCAACCCCGGUGUACACGAUUCCGUUGGAGAAGUUGACCAGGCACCAGAAAUCCAAGGUCUGGACGGGGCGAGGGUUCUACGGGACCUUGGACAACGGUUCCUUCUUCUUCCGCUUGAAGGAGCAGGGCAAGCGUGCCACCUGGAUCGUCGACCGCAAGGGCUUCUUCUGGGUCGAUGGAAGAGUCUACGACUACUUGUUCGGGAAGGAAUCGCUUAAGGAGGCCGAGGCGGGAAUCUCCUACGACCAGAAGCACGCGCUCGCCUCGCGUGAUUUAAAGAAGAAGAAGGAGCAAAUGAGAAAGGAGUUGGGAGUUGCCUGGCAGUUGAAGAUGCAGGCGCAGAUCAUGAAGGAGGACAUACAGGUUGCCAAGGGCUUUGUC